AUGAAGUUCACGUUCGCGUUUGAGUCGACAGGGAAGAGAUUUGUGCACAUUCUGAAACCUCUCGGAAAAGGUAAUCGCGUAACUGCUCCUCCAUUGAUUGGAUGGAAUCGAGCCUUUUCUGGUACCAGUUAUAAUUACAAAAAGAAAAGUAGAGAUGGGUUUCUUCAGGGUAUUAAGGUAGAGGAUGUGGUUGAUCUGUUCAAUGAGAUUGUAAAGUCUCGUCCUUUCCCUUCCAGUAUGGAGGUCAGUAAUCUGUUGGUUGUAAUGGCCAAGUUAAGAAGUAUGAUGUUGUCAUCUCUCUGGAGAGGUGAUAUUGACUUGGCUUUAGAUCUUCUCAAGAAGAUGGACAAGAGGAAAUUAGAGGCAAAUGUUGUGAUCUACAGUACAAUCAUUGAUGGUCUAUGCAAAUACAAACAUGUGGAUGAUGCUCUCAACCUAUUCAAUGUAAUGGAGAACAAAGGGAUUAAAGGGAAUGUUGUAACUUACAGUGCAUUGGUCGAUGGCUUUGUUAAAGAGGGAAAGAUUUUAGAGGCUGAAAAAUUGUACGAGGAGAUGAUUGCAAGGUCAAUAGAUCCUAGUAUCUCCAGUCUCCACUUACACUUCAUUGAUCAAUGGGUUUUGUAUGCAAGAUCGCCUAGAGGAAGCUAA